GAGUGGUGCCAGUCAGGCGUUGAGAGCACCUUUAUUUGUUUCAGGUCCGCGCGCCUCGCAGGUGCCACAGCAGCACCGCUAAACGAGCACGUGCCCCCGAUCGGCCGCCGUGUUAAUUGUCUCCGGCGGUGAACUUUUAAUUAGUUAAUUAGCAGCGCCGAACAAUGACUCGCGUGAGAUCCACUUUGUCUGUCACCCUGCUGCUCGUCGUCCAACGUGCUUUCGCUGAAGCCGCACUUCUGCCCAGCAGGGAGGAGGCUGUUGAAAUCUUCGCGGACAUCGCCGCUGAGCGAGCAUCGGAACGUUUGCUUACUGAACUUGGUGUUGAUGGUGGUUCCCGGCUGCAGAAUACUGUGCCCAUAGAUCGCCCAUUUCCGUGCAAAUUUCCCCGUAGUAACGCGAUUAGCGCCACGCCAAAGUCAGUGCACCGAUUGCGUCCGCAGGACAUAAGUGUGGUGGCCACGAUGGGAGACAGUUUGGUCACCGGAUUUGGAGCACUUGCUGAAACAGUUGUCGGCCUCUUCUUCAUGGACCAAAAAGUGUCCUGGAGUAUAGGUGGUGACCAAGACUGGCGGUCUGUGACGACGAUCCCCAAUUUGCUUCGUAUGUUCAACCCCAAUUUGAUCGGGUACGCAGUCGAGGGGUCAAAUAAUCACUUUGGCAUGGGUGAAGCGCAGUCGCACGACGAGCACCUGCUGGGACAGGCGAAGAGACUCGUGGCCAAAUUGAAGAGUGACCCUCGAGUGGAUUUCAAACGGCAUUGGAAGAUGGUGACGAUUUUGUCCGGCCAAAAUGACAUUUGUAGCGGCGACCCGUGUUUUCCCUCUCCAAAGGCGGCCGCUUUGGAGCACAAGGAGAACCUGCGCAAGGCCCUCGACUAUUUGCAGAUUAACUCGCCCAGAACCUUUGUCAAUUUGCUUCCAGUCAUAGACGUGACUGCCGGAUGGAAGAUUGAAAAGUCGAUAUUGUGUGGCGUAAUGAGCGUCAUUGAGUGCAGGUGCUUGUACGGCCCUGGGGGAGCGCAAAAUGUGAAAAAGCUGAAGGAAAUCGUAGAUGCGUACCACUUUGCUGAAAGGCAAUUGAUCUCAAGUGGUCGUUAUGACACUAAAGAAGACUUCGUGGUAGUCCUUCAACCGUUUACUUCAAAAUUAGAGCCACCGAAGUCACGGAAUUUCCUGGGUUUCAACCUGGCCGAUCUCUCCCUUUUCUCUGUCGACUGCUUUCAUCUGAGUCAAAAAGGUCACGCUGCUUUCGCUACGAUGCAAUGGAACAAUUUGCUGCAGCCGGAGGGCAACAAAACAAUGGAUUUUAUGAUGCCAAUGCAGAGAAUGACGUGCCCUUCGGAGAGGGCGCCGUACUUCUUUACCAAUGCCAAUUCUAAAUCUUAUCUCAAGUCCGGUAGGCAGUGAUCGAGAUGGCGAGUUUAAAAAAAAAAACUAAUAUGGUUUCAAUCAUUUGUAAUAUAUCUUCUGUGAGACAACUAAGACUUAUUAAGGAAAUAAGAUAUAAAUUUAGAUUUUUUACACAAGGAUAUGUGAUUUUAUUUCUUUGAAAUUUGAUGAUUACUUAAAAUAAAUCUUAUUACAAUCAUACAAUUCGCAAAACCCAGUUGCGCAGUUGCACAAAGGUAUGCAACCGGCUGUGCAUGAGAGUUAAGCGGUUCACAGAAUUCAUCGAAAUUUGCACACACAAUUUCAUCACAAAAUACUUAAGUCUACAACAA